AUGGCGGCAUAUGGUCGCUCUGGACGAUGCUCUUUGCUAGUGCUCUUAUUUCUCCUUCUUCUAUACAUACCUCAGCUGAGCUCUAUGAGGUCGUCUGGUUCAUCUCAGCUGCAGCCGACGGCAAAGAAGCAAAAGAUUCAGAAGGACGGUGCUCAGCGUGCAUCUUUGUCUACAGAUAUUACUCCCGACAUGUGCUACAUGGGCAGAUUUCCAUACUGGAUCAGAGCCGCUGAUCCAACGCUGCUGCCAAUAAGUCAGAAAGCAUGUCUCGACAGCUGUGUACUGUGGUCGCAUCAACUGGCAUCGACACUGAAACAGCUGCUGAUCCGAGGAAGAAGUAAAACAAACUGUAUCCAAACGACCAAAUUUUGCUUUGCACAAAGUCAGCCUAAAAUCUUCUCGGUGAACGUCUGCGAACAUACCAGCUUCACUUGCGAAAAGCCGCAAACUCUUCACGUGUGCAGCUGCAAAAUCAAUGUGGACUUAAUGAAAGUAUUCGAUAAGCGACGUUGUGAUCUAGCCACUAUGCACGACAAGAUUCUGGACAGACUGAAAGGAGCAUUUGCGCUCAACCCUGCAAUGGUCAUAAUGAAGGAUAAAUUAUCUUCGCCCCAAGAACUUUCUAAAUUUUCUUGCACUAGUGCAAUCGGACAGUGUCUUCCGUGCACCUUAUCCAGCGACGGAGUCUGGCAGCCCUGUUUCUCGGAGCCUCCAAAUCAAGCAUGUGUGGAACAAGAAGGCUUGGAAUCUAUGCGGUGCUAUCCUUUCCCAUGGAUGAGUGCCAACGAGCGAAUGGCUCUCUCCAAUUUGGAUCUGUAUCAGAAUCUGGUGUUGGCUUUCGGUCAAAAGACCAUUGAUCGCUUUUAUUCGCACAAUGCUUGGAAGAUACCACCUGAAGCUGAAAGUUCCUAA